AUGAUCCGACGAGCCCUAAUCGCCGCCUCGUCAGCGCGCGCAUCGCCCACAAGCACAGUAUCAAGCGCCUCAGCCUGCAAGCUCCAACUCAUCCGCCCAUCAUGGCACCUUAGCCCCAGCACCACCCGCCUCUUCACCACCACCCCAUUCACAGCCUUCACAGCAUCACCACCAACCAAAGACCCCUCACCCUUCCGCCUCUCCGCAAACAAAGCCGACUCCUCCCCGCCUCCCUCUUUCGAAGAUGUCUAUUACAGCCCUUACCAGCCAAAGCGCCAAUGGCCACCGGAUAUGUCCAAGCUGUCCCCGAAACACCAGUUCAGGCUUGAGCGCAAGUACCGUCGUCGCGCGGCGCUGAAGUAUGCCCGGCCGAAGUUUAUGAAGGCUGUUACGCUGGGACAGUGGGUUGUUAUUGGAUUUGUCAUUGUCUAUGCUGUGCUGUUCAUGGAGUGGGAUACGAAUGAUACUGCGUUCCAUUCGAUUCGGGAAAGCUUCUUUGCUGGUCUCCGGGCUAUAUUCUCCAGCGCGCCGCCUCCUGGUCCGAAAAGGGAUCAGAAGGGUAAUACAGCGUCGGAGGAGAGCUAG